AUGCGGCCCACUCGCAACAGCCUCUUCCGACUAGCGCGGUGGCGGUGGUGCACGUUGCUGGGCAGCUCACAGAAGAAGACGUCGUUGCGGUUGGAUGAUGUUCCUCACGGUAGCCACGGUGUCUUGUGCGCUUCGGCACGAUGGAUUUACCGCCGUCAUUGCGAGGCAGCUGUCUCUGGUCCCGAUCUUUCCUCCGGCCUCUCCUCUUAUUCUUCUCUCCCCACAGAGCAUUUAACGAAGCCUCCCAGAACGAUGUCGGCCAGCGAUUGCAGGGGCGAGUCGGAGAUGCUGAAAGUUCUCCAAUCGCUUGGUAUGGAGCUGCCUACCAUCUCCCACGAGGAGAAGCACACCGUGGAGGAGGCAAAUAAGGAGCUGAGUCGCUUUGGAACACCGUGCGUUGGCACCAAGAACAUGUUUUUGAAGAGUAAGAAGGACGACCUGGUUCUCGUGACGGCGCUGCACACCACGACGACGAGCAUGAAGGUGAUACAGGAUGCAUUGUCGCUGAAGGACCUUCGCUUCGCCCCGGAGGAGCUUUUGCGGACCCACCUGGGCGUUGUACAAGGCAGCGUCACCCCGCUGGCCCUCGUGAACAACGUCUCAAAGAACGUCAAGGUGGUGCUGGACAAGGCGCUCGUGGAAUGCCCCACCCCCUUCGUUCUGCACCCGUGCCGCAAUGACAAGAGUUGCCUGAUAACGCCCAAGCAGCUAAAGGAAUUUCUGGGGAAGCUGGAGUUUCCAUUUGUUGUGGUGGAUUUUUCGGCAGCCACCGCCGGGGCUGCGCCGUCGGGUGGCGGUGCAAAGGCCAAGACCUCCGAGCCCAAACGGGAGCAUGCAAAGAAAGCUCCGCAGGACGUGGCAACAGCCCCCGCUACCGGCGGUGCCAAUGUUGCCGGCGAAACAAAGCUGGGCAUUAUGGUGAAGCGUGACGACAACUUUUCACAGUGGUACAUCGAGGUCAUUACCAAGGCUGAGAUGAUCGAGUACUACGAUGUCUCCGGCUGCUACAUCAUCCGUCCGUGGGCUUUCUUUAUCUGGAGGCGCAUCCAAAACUUUCUCGGGUCCCGCAUUGAAGGCAUGGGGAUUGAGGAUUGCUACUUUCCUAUGUUUGUGUCCAAAACCUGCCUGGAGCGCGAGAAGGAUCACGUGGAAGGUUUUGCGCCGGAGGUGGCAUGGGUGACAAAGGCUGGUGAGACCGACCUUGAGGUGCCUGUUGCUAUUCGCCCCACAAGCGAAACGGUCAUGUACCCCUAUUACGCAAAGUGGAUCCGUUCCCAUCGUGACCUCCCGCUGAGACUAAAUAUGUGGAAUAACGUUAUCCGCUGGGAGUUUUCGCACCCCACGCCCUUUAUUCGCACCCGGGAAUUUCUUUGGCAGGAGGGCCACUGCGCGUGGCAGACGGAGGAGGAGUGCUCCGAGGAGGUGCUCCAAGUCCUUGACCAGUACGCCGCGGUCUACGAGGAAUUGCUGGCUGUUCCAGUGGUGAAGGGAAAGAAGACGGAGAGGGAGAAGUUUGCCGGUGGCUAUUACACAACGACGGUGGAGGCGUACAUUGCGGCUGUUGGUCGCGGUUGCCAGGGCGCGACAAGCCACAACUUGGGUCAGAAUUUUGGUAAGAUGUUCAACAUCAGCUUUCAGGAUCCCGAGAAGAAUGAUGACUCGACGCUUAUUCCGUGGCAGAACUCGUGGGGCCUUUCUACCCGCGUUAUUGGUGUCAUGAUUAUGGUUCACGGUGAUGACGCAGGUUUGGUGCUUCCGCCGCGUGUCGCCUCGGUGCAGGUUGUCAUCAUUCCUGUGGGGAUUACAAAGAAUACGAAGGAUGAGGAGCGAAAGGCCCUGCUGGAGGGGUGCAAGAGACUCGAAAAGGAAUUGAUGAAGGGCGGCAUCCGUGCCAAGGCGGACCUCCGCGAUAACUACAGCCCUGGAUGGAGGUUCAAUCACUGGGAGGUGAAGGGUGUACCAGUGCGUGUGGAGCUGGGACCAAGGGAGCUGGCAUCGUUGAGGCUAUCACUUGUCUUGCGCCACGACGGCAGUCGUCGCACUCUCGCAUGGGACACGGAGAUGCCAGCCGCAAUGACGUCGCUGAUGGACGAGGUUCACAACCGCAUGUUUGAUAAGGCUUCAAGGGAUCGCCAGGAGAACACGAAGAAAUUGACAGACUGGAAGGACUUCACACCUGCGCUCAAUAAGAAGUUUUUGGUGUUGGCGCCGUGGUGCGGCGAGAUGUCGUGCGAGGAGCAGGUUAAGAAGGACAGCGCGGAGGAGUCCAAGGCGAUGCAGGGCGAGGAGGCGAGGGAUGACGCACGUGCCCCGAGCAUGGGGGCGAAAACGCUCUGCAUCCCGUUUGAACAGCCAGAGUCCGUUGAGGGCAAAACAUGUAUCUGCAAGGACUGCAGUAGCCCUGCGAAGCACUGGGUGCUCUUUGGCCGCAGCUACUAG